UCAGGGGCUACAGUCAAGUCACGAAAGCAACAUCGGCAUUGUCGCCUUGUUUUACAAGAAUGCAUACCGAUUUGAAUCGAAACCGAUUAUUUAGAAUGAUACACCUUUAAUCAUCGGUUCCGAUAUAAACUAUUGGCAUUGCUCUCUAGCCAAAUCCAUUAAGGGAAGAACGAUACUCUUUUAGGGGAAAUAUAACUGGAUACCCUCGGCAUGUCGUCUAGCAACUACAGAAAGACAAAAAUAUGUGUCGCUGUAUAGACUAGACUAGCUUGCUAGCAGCCGAAGGUGGCAGUGCUUUGUUAAGUGUUGAGCUCCAGCACAGUGUUUUGAUGGCUUGCUCAAUUUCAACCCGAUGCCGUUUGAGGUGUAGCCUACACCAAUGCAGAAAUAAUAAUACAGAAAUUACUAACAAUACAGCAAUAAUCACUUCUCUCAGGAGGAAGAAGGCAGAAGAACGCUUGUUCAUUCGUUCGUAAAUUUGCAAUGAAAAUACAAAAGAUCUGCUCGCUGCUCAAGUUGUGUCAGUUUGGGGCACAUCCCGGCAAAAUCCGCACCACUCGUUGAAUAUCGGCGCACUGCGGGGACCUCUCCAAUGACCUGCCACUCUUCCGACUCCGCGGAUACCCCCCGGAGCGAGAGGAGAUCAGAAACUGACGCUAGAGUGGUAGACUCUGACCAGAGCCGCAUCGCCGCUGCCAUGAGGGACCUGGGUAAAACAGCAGGUUGGUACUGGGGCAGCCUGACGGCCAAUGAAGCCAGGAAGAUCCUCCAGGAUGCCCCCGAGGGCACCUUCCUGCUGCGCGACAGCUCCCAGCGGGACUACCUAUUCACCAUCUCCGCCAUGACCUCCGCGGGCCCCACUAACCUGCGCAUCGAGUACAAGGAGGGCAAGUUCAAGCUGGACUCGGUGGUGCUGGUCAAGCCCAAGCUGAAGCAGUUUGACAGCGUGGUGCACCUGGUGGAGCACUACGUCCUACUGUCCCGGACGUCCCGCAGAAGCAACAGCAGUGGCGGCGGCGGAAGGCCCCCAGUCUCACCAGCUCCGCCCAACGGAACAGUGCAGCUGCUCAUGACCACGCCCGUCUAUGCAGCCACGCCCUCCCUGCAGCACCUCUGCCGCAUUGCCAUCAACAAAGCUACAGGAAGGGUCCAGGACUUGCCCUUGCCUAACAGGCUCAAAGAUUACUUAACGGAUUAUGCUUAUCACGUGUAACCGACGUACAAUGUUUGAGCCACAACCCCUCCUCUGCCCCGACCCCCUCCCCCGGUCCUGAAAGACUGCCUUUCCUUUUAUCCUGUGGGAAGGUGAA